AUGAGCUAUGGGUUUGUGGUUAAAGCCUCGGAUGACGUCCCAACAGAGUUAUUGGAGGAGUUCGACAUCCCAACGGCUCCAAUAAUUUAUCGUGGAACAGAAGAUGAACCGGACGUAGUGAAACAUUUUAUGGGGGAAAUAGUGGAAACAGGCAUAAAAAUCAGCAAUCUUUUAAAAACUAAUACAGCCAUGCUCAUGACCGAAAAUCAACGACUUAUGCAUGCGGCGAAAACCACCUACAAUUUGUGUAAGACCGGUUUCUCGUUGGGGAACUAUAAAGUCGCUGAUCAUUGCCAUCUCUCGG